AGUGAAACAGUUGAUAGUUUGAGUGAGUAGUGUAGUUACUUGGGUCUCUAGUUUGUCACGUCCACUGCUUAAGCAGUUGUAUUAGGAACAAAUUAGUAUAUACUGUACUUUAAUUACCUCAUAAUGACCUUCUUCUCCAUGCAUCUCUUCGCUUCAACUCCAUAACACCCAUGCCUCCACACUCACCGUCACCGUCACCGUCACCGUCGACGAAAAAUGUUAACAACACUUCACUAGCCACUCCUAAACCGCCGCCAACCGUCGUUAACUUCUCACAUUCACCACUAUCGCCGUCGCCGUCGCCGUCGCCGUUUCCAUCAUCGUCGGGGGACGCAAAGUUAAAGCCAAUAAUUGAUGAUAAAGUGGUGAUAUAUCCACCGCCGCGAGCGAUGUUUAGUCCGCCGUUAGCGACGCCGAUUCCGGUAGUUUUAUCACCACCGCCGCCAGUAACAGCGUUACUGUAUCCUGUGAAUGAAACUUCGCAUAUUAAAGUUCAAUCGGCGUCGUCGUCGUCAAGUACAUCAAUUGGAGCUGUAGUUGGAAUUUCUGUAGGUGUUACUGGAGCUUUCUUCAUUGUCGCUGUUAUUAUAUUCUUCGUUUGUUACAGGAAUAAGAUGCGAAGUGGAAAGUUACAUGAUCAUGAAACUCCACGGUCAAAAGUUGAUUCAUCAGAUGACCUGUACCAUGUUCUGCGUCAAAGUUUUAAACAGCAAAAUGUAGUGAAUGGUUCUCCUGUUUCCCCAAAGGAAGUGACACCAUUCCGCCCACUUCACUGCUUUGACAAUAAUGCUCAUUCCAAUUCCCCCAAUUUGGACGCUGACAAUCAUUUUUCAUCAAAAGACCACAUAGUGGCUUUAGCUGUUUCGGGUGGCCAUUUCACAUAUGAAGAGCUGUGGUCAGCAACUAGUGGAUUCUCUACGUCCAACCUUCUAGGUGAAGGUGGAUUUGGGUAUGUACACAAAGGAGUCCUCCCAACAGGAAGAGAGAUUGCAGUUAAACAGUUGAAGGUUGGUAGCCAUCAAGGGGAGCGUGAAUUUCAAGCAGAAGUAGAGACUGUUAGCCGAGUGCAUCACAAACAUCUUGUGUCUUUGGUUGGAUACUGCAUGACUGGAAUAAAGAGGUUGCUUGUUUACGAGUUUGUCUCCAACAGGACCUUAGAGUAUCAUUUACAUGAGGCAGCGCUAUCCUGUAUGGAAUGGGCAUCUAGGAUAAAAAUUGCUAUAGGGUCAGCCAAAGGAUUGGCCUAUCUGCAUGAAGACUGUAACCCCACUAUCAUUCAUCGUGAUAUCAAGGCAGCUAAUAUUCUUCUUGAUUCUAACUUCGAAGCUAAGGUUGCAGACUUUGGACUAGCCAAGUUGUUAUCUGAUUCAAACCAUCACAAUAAGCAUGUCUCCACUAGAGUGGUGGGAACUUUUGGGUAUCUGGCCCCAGAAUAUGCACAGAGUGGGAAGGCCUCGGAUAAGUCGGACAUCUUUUCCUUUGGAGUCAUGCUUCUGGAGUUAAUUACAGGGCGCCCACCUAUAAUCUCAACCGAAUCCUCCGCAUGCAGCAGCUUGGCCACAUGGGCAUGGCCUUUGCUUAGAAGAGUGUUGGACGAUGGAAAGUUUGACACACUAGUGGAUCCAUGUUUGGGAAAAAAUUACAACAGUGAAGAGAUGGCUAACAUGGUUGCUUGUGCUGCUGCUUGUGUGCGUCAUUCGGCGUGGAGAAGACCCCGAAUGAGUCAGGUAGUUCGAGCUUUAGAAGGCAAUGCCUCUAUCCUGGACUUUGAUGAGGAAAACAGACCAGGACAGAGUACCAUUUGUGACUUUGAUUACGAUGGAAGCAAGUUUUUUAAGAACUUAAAGAAAUCCAGCACAAACCUUUGAAAUCAAAAGAAGAAAUGUUAAUACCAGCACAUACUGUAUCAACUAUGCACCGAGGCUUUCGUGGCACUACACCAGCCAAGAUGAAGUGAUGUCAGACGUGAAUGAAGCUCUUUUUAUCUUUUUUUCUUCUUUCUUUUCACUGGUGUAUAUAAUAAAUCUAGGGUGUUCAGGAUAGAAUAUAUUGUCAUUAUCAUCAGAGUUUUGUCUCACUUAGUAAUGAUACUUCUGAGACGCCGAUUGAUUGUUAUUAGUUAUUUGGAAGUGCAAAGAGAGAAGAAGAAGAAGGAAUUGGCAUGAGAUAUUCGGGAUAUCACCAAGUAAAAGCUCCAUGUGUAAGACGCUAGUACAGAUAUAUAGACUUCUUCCCCUCUUC